AAAUUACAUUGUUUGUUUCUGUUUUAUAAUUUUCAAUUUUUUUUUAUUGUUUUAAAUUUUCAUUUCUUGAGACGCCACUGACUAAUAGAUAAUGCGUACCUAUUUAAACUGACUUGAGGCAAAAAUUUCCUUCUAAGUUGUGAAGGAUUUUAUCGAGAAGGCGCUAAAAUGAGGAUAUUGAGCGAAUUUGAUCCACAUCCUGUCGGCAUCAUCGACCCCUCCGAACUGCUGAGACCUGAACCGAAAUUUGCGAAAAAACCAAUUGGGCAAUUCAGGGAUUACACAGUCGAUGAAAAUGAUCCUAUUAAAGAACGUGUCAGGAAAACGUACGACCUCAUGCACACCAAUCAAACUGUUGAUUUCGUAAAAGAAAAAAUGGACAAAUGGUUGAAAUUCGAUCACCUAAGAGCAACUAUGAAAGAAACUUUGAUUAAAUUAAACGACCUGGUAGACGAAAGCGAUCCAGACGUUGACAUACCGAAUAUUGUUCAUGCUUUUCAAACGGCCGAAAGAAUUAGGAAAGACUACCCCGACGAUGACUGGUUCCAAUUGACCGGAUUAAUCCAUGACGCUGGAAAAGUUUUGGCUUUCUUCAACGAACCCCAAUGGUGUGUUGUAGGAGAUACGUUCGUGGUAGGUUGUGAAUGGAGUGACAAUAUUGUAUAUAGAAAUACCUCCUUUAAAAACAAUAAAGACGGCAAAAAUCCCAGCUACAACACAAAAUACGGCAUCUACAAACCAAAUUGCGGCAUUAAGAACUUAUUAAUGUCUUGGGGACAUGACGAAUACUUAUACAGGAUGUUGGUACACAACAAGACCAAGUUACCGCCACAAGCAUUAGCCAUGAUCAGAUUCCACAGCUUCUAUCCAUGGCACACAGCAGGGGACUAUGAACAUUUGAUCGCGCCUGAAGAUGAAGAGACCAGGCAAUGGGUUCUUAAAUUCAAUCAAUAUGAUCUUUACACCAAGUGUACUGAAGUUCCCGAUAUCAAAUCCUUGUGGCCCUACUAUGAAAGACUAAUCGAAAAAUAUAUCCCUGGAGAACUCGAAUGGUGAUAGCAACUAUAUUUAAUUAGUAAUAAAAAUAACAAGAACAUCCAGCAGUACAAUUAUUGCCUCAGUACUUAGGUACAGAUUUAUUUAUUCAUUGUUAAUAUUAGUGAGUAGAAAAACAUGACUUUCCAGUAAUAGAAAAAAAAAAUUUCUUUAUAAAAAAAAUGUAUUUUUCCAAUUAUAUACAAAUAUGAUCAAUAUUUCUCCGAUCAUAGGGAACAAACACUACCAUUGUUAUUUGUGUUUGGUUCAUGUGGAUGUAUUAGGUGCGUUAUUAUAGAAGAGAUUGAGAAAUACGCCUAUGACCGGUAAAACACUGAUCAUAUUUUUUAUUUCUAUAUUUAUAUUUUUUAUUGUGUA